UAUCUAGCGUCCCAACUUCGUUGAUCCAGAUAGCGCAUAGCUUCGAGUCGAGUGUCCUUAUUCUACCCAGAAGACACCUGCCAAUAUAGCUCGACGCAUAUUUCAGCGCCUCGACUUUGGUAUUCAGCAGCGACCGAAUUACGCGUGGAGACUUAUACCGCGGAUUGCUAUCAAGUUGGGCGGCGUGCACCUAAUCUCUCCACGGGCACAUGUUCGAUACCUCUGCCAAGACGCUCUGUCGUUCAGCAAUCAAGCCUCUUUUAGCAUUGCUUGAGAUCACCGCCGACUGAUCAAGUAAUAGGACAUAAUUAAGUGUGGGAUGCACCAUAUUUCAGUCUGCAGAAACCAUGGCCGACAAAGACGUGUCGAACACAGCUGCUGCUGCUCCUAAUCCUAUCUCACGCGUGAACACGAUUGAGCAAGAAGGAGCAAGUCCUCAAGUGGACAUUUCGAAAUUACACAACUUGCCAACGGAACAACAAGCGCUCUAUCUCUUGACGUUUACGGCAGACUUAGCCCGCCAUGUGCAUCAGCUGAGCUCUGAAGAGACCACUGCUCAGCAGACAUCUAUAAAGAAAGAGUUGCUUCAGAUCGUGAAUCUGCCAUCCCCUGCUCCCACUCGCCUGAUUCGACAAAACCUGGGGAGGUGUUUUAGGGACGUCUUCACCAAGGGAAGCCGUAAGGUGUUGUUUGAGACAAUCAACGACCUCAUCGCGAUUCUCAAUGCGACCAAGGACAAAGAUUUGCGAGCAAAGCACGCGGCUGUGCACUGUAUCGGCAUCGUGUUCGAAAGCGCUGGAGAUAGCGCUGUCAGUCUUUCACCCUUGGCGUGUACUGCUGUUCUCAAGUUGCUCAAAGUCUCUGUGAACGAUACUGGACUACGCAGCGCUAUCUUCAAGGCAUUCGGGAGAAUCGCGAAUGGGAUCGCAGUUGCGAUCGACGAAGAUGUCGGGCGCGCAAUCUGGAAGCAGGCCCGCAACUCGGCAACUAGCGACAAGUCCCUCCUUGUUCAGUCCAGUGCCUGUUGGUGUCUGGAGCAAUUGAUAAGAUCAACUCCGUAUUUUGACAACUCGAAUGACUUCGAGAAGUUGCAGAUAGCUUUGUGGAAAGCAAUGGAAAGCAGUUCGGUGCCUGUCCGGCAUGCAGCUGCAUCAUGCCUGACCCAGGAAUUCGUGAAAAGCUUCUCUGAUGCUUCGGAAAGAGAUGCCGUUCCAAAGCUUCGAAAACCGAGAAAGACCAGGAAGCCCAUGCAAGGAGAUGACUUCGAAGAAAUAGAUCGAGCUUCUUCGCCAGCACCAGAGAAGCCAUCGACUGCGCUUUCUUAUUCACUCUCGGAGAUCCUCAGGAUUCUGUCUAAUCAAUACUGCCGCCCCACAACGAAUAACAAAGUAAGGGCUGGCAUUGCCGUCUGCUAUAUCAAACUGUUAAGAGCGCUGGGCGCAGUGACUGUAGAGCAGAAUUAUGGCGAUAUUGUCCGCCAUCUAUUCUCAGAGAUUUUGAGUUACCCUGGCUGGCAAGCCAAUCGAUAUCGACAGCUGAUCAGCCGCAAGUUCGUUCGGAUCAUUCUUGAGCGCGUGGUAGGCCGAAUGCUCGGAGAAACCGCACAGCUAAAUGCGUGCAGAUUCCUCCUAAACGAGAUUAUCAGAGAUUAUCCGCAGGCUGUGAAAGAACGCCCAGAGCCGUCGAAAGCUGUAUUGACGGGCGCACUUAGUGCUCUAACCUCGCUGAUCGCUGACCUAGAUGCCGCGAUCGGGGUCCUGGCUGAGCAAUGUCGCGAAGGUCUCAUACAAGUUUUACCACAUCCUAAUUUCAGCGUACAAAUUCAUGCGGCUCGUGCAUUAAAGACAUUUGUGCUUGCUUGUCCACAGCAGCUUUUACCUGCUGUUACCAUCUGCAUGAAUAGUGUGAGCAGGGAGCUUGGCUUCCUUGGCGGACAGAGACAGAGUCCACGGCGCUGUGUCGGCUAUGCUCAUGGUCUGUCCGCUGUCCUCAGUACUUCCAACCAGCACCCACUAUAUGGCUCUGUGGAUGUCUAUGCUCGCGUGCUGCAGCAAGCCUCCACCCUUCUCAAGUCGAGCAGCAGCUCAGACCUGCGGAUUUCGAGUUGUCAGCUGCAAGUUGCAUGGAUCAUGAUUGGAGGACUCAUGUCGUUGGGGCCUAACUUUGUCAAAAUACAUCUCGCUCAGCUCAUGCUUCUGUGGCGAAACGCAUUACCCAAGCCUGUCUCGCGAGACAACAUCAAUCAACACACCAUGUUGGAAUUGAGCUACUUGGCACAUGUCCGAGAAUGCGCGCUCGGCUCGAUACGUGCAUUUCUUGCACACAAUCAAAGACUGCUGACAUCUGACAUCUCGCGUCGUCUUUCCGCAAUGCUCGAGAACACCGUAUCGUUUUUGCAAAGCCUGCCAAGCAAGAAGACGAGCGAUGAUCCCUCCCAUAGGCUGUCACCUGGGUUGCAAAUGCAAGACUACGAAACAAUGGUGCGGCGCAGGGUAUUUCAGUGCUUUUCGCAAUUACUUCGACUGAGUCCUGCUGGAAGUAUUGAGCCAACAUCACAUUCUGCGAUUUUGCCACUGGCGGCGAUGUCAUUUUCGGACGUCGAAUACGAUGCCCCUACAUCCUUAGGCGCGGCUAUUGCAAGCGCCGCAAGCGCCUUCGAGAGUAUUUGGGAGCUUGGCGACAACUAUGGUUAUGGAUUGACAGGGCUUCUUAGGGGCCUCAGCGUGCAAAAUCCAAUCAAUGGCAAGCUCGUCAGGCACUGGACGAGCCGGUCUGAUGAGGAAUCCGACAUUGACGCUACGAUUCUGACUCCCAUCGGCACAGCUGCUGAGCAUGAUCCCACUGAUUGUUACAUUGGCAAUAUUCGUGACCAGGAGCUUCCCGGACCAUCAGCCACCGAGGCUGUUGAUGCGGCGAUCGCUACCUUUGCACGCUCUCUUCCCCUGCAGGGCUCAAAAGUGCAAGAAUCUACGCUUGAACAAAUAACCUCAUCUUUGAGUUCCAAUCAGCUCAUCAAAGACCCCUUCCGCAAAGCUGCAAUUUUGAUCAAUGUCGCUGUUGCAUUGUCGACUGCUCUUGAGAUUGCCAGUGCAGACUCGGGCGUAUCCAGGGGUGAGCUACGGGGCGCCCGCGUUGAAAAAAGCUUACAAACAGUGUUGCACCUUUGUCUGAAAGAUGCAGACGACAGCGUUCGGUGCGUCGCAGCGCUGGCUCUCGGCCGCCUAUGUGCCAGCGCUGGGUCUGGCUUCACGGGAACCGAGGUGACAUAUUUGACGGAAACAAUCGUCAAUAAUCGAGAGCCUCAAGUGCGUGCGGGUUGCGCGCUAGCUCUUGCACAUAUCCAUCGCCAGCUUGGAGGUAUGUCGGCUGGCCUGCACAUGAAAAACAUCGUUGGUAUCUUGAUGUCACUUGUCGCCGACCCUCACCCACAUGUUCAUUUUUGGGCGCUCGACAGUCUCGCACAAAUUGCAGAGUCUGCUGGGCUCAAUUUCAGCACAUACGUGACCAGCGCGAUCGGAAUGCUCAGCCAAGUUUAUGUCUCUGACAGCCAUAAUCCCGAGACUGCGGCCUUGGCCUCGUCAAACAUGCUCAUGGAUUUGCCAGUGACAGCUGCUAUUGGACGGGGUGUCAACGCCAUAAUCAAUGUUCUUGGCCCUGACCUUCAAGACAUGGCUAAGUUGCGUGACAUGAUUCUUACAUUAGUGCAUUUGUUCUCUGAGGAAAAAGAUGUUGCGACGCUGCUGGAAAGUCUCAAAUGCCUUGAGCAUCUGAUGCUGUUUGCUCCACGGCAAAUGGACCUUGAGCAUUAUGUGCGGAGACUUCAAACAGACAUCGAUGCAGCCUCACCAGAAAUUGCAGAAACGGCAGUUGAUGGCUUUUUCACCUUGAUGCGCAGAGACGCAUCCGACAUCAUUCGAACAGCGGAGUCUGGUCUGGAAGAUCGACUAUGGGAAAUUUUAAAUCGUGAUCCCGGACACAAGACCAUUCAAAAUAUCUUCACGAAUUGGCUACAACAGACAGGCACAAGCGAUCCAGCGGACUGGAUUCAGCGUUGUAAUACUAUUUUGACUCGAACUCUGGCCCGCGUCGGGCAGCCGAAGGCCAUAGCAAGUGCUCGCACAGCAGGCCCAGACUUGCAGGACGAGGAGGUUGCAGGGUUUGCAGUCACGGCUGGGGCCAGCAAGGAAGAUGACCCGCAAAACUCCGGCCAGGAACUUAUGCGAUGGCAAGUCCGACUCUUCGCGAUGGAGUGCUUGUUAAACCUUAUUGCAAUGAUCAGAAAGGAGGCAGCCAUCAGCGAUGAAAGCGAGGGUGAGGCUGCAUUGCAGCGAAAAGUUGCAGAUGUCGUACGAAUCGCGUUUUCCGCUUCAACCGCAGGAGUGGCUGUAUUGCGCGUCGUGGGCAUGCAGAUCAUCGAUCAAGUGCUCAAACUAUUCGGCAAGACUCCAGAUCCUGACUUCUCCGAGGCUAUGCUCCUAGAACAAUAUCAGGCGCAGAUAAGCUCUGCGCUGACACCCGCCUUUGCUGCGGAUUCGUCCCCCGAGCUAGCAGCAGCAGCCGUAAACGUUUGUGCCACGUUCAUAUCUACAGGUAUCGUGACUGAUGUUGAGCGCAUGGGUCGAAUUCUGAAGUUGCUCGUCUCUGCACUGGAAAGUUUCUCAAGGGAAGGCGAGACGGCAAGUAUCGGAGAUUUGAAGGCGCUUAGCUCGAACGCGCAAGUGAUGGUGCGGAUGGCGGUAUUCGCUGCUUGGGCAGAGCUGCAGAUCGCCAGUGCCGAGCAGAAUUAUCUCCUCGAAGUUGUCAAACCGCAAGUGGUGCAAUUGGUGCCUCUGUGGCUGUCAUCGCUUCGUGAAUUUGCUCGUUUACGCUUCGAACCGGAUAUUUCUGCGACAACCGGCACGCCUCCAGACUCGACCGACCUUGACACGGUCUACGCAGCGCUGAAUCGCGAAACAUUAUUAAAAUUCUACCAAGCCUCCUGGCUAAGUCUCGUUGAUGCUAUAGCAAGCCUGAUUGACCAGGACAGCGAAUGCGUCUUUGACGCACUUGACGGGCAAAACCCUGAGCCUGGUGCCGAUGACCAGACCAGUGGUAGCGUUGCGCGCAAAGCCACAUCGAUCAAUUAUCGUGAGGAGCCUGUUGCAUUCUUCUUUGUCCUCUUUGGCUUGGCAUUCGAAUCUCUAGCCGUGCGAGGAAGUCAAGAUGAUACCAUAGCCCGUCAAAGGGGCAUGGAGAUUCUGACUGCGUUGAAGAAGAUUCUGCGACCAUCUGUGGCUGGUAACGCGAUUUAUCAAGAUGCCAUUUUCGCUGAGACCAUGGACCUACUGGACAGGAUGGUUCUCACCGAGAGCCUCGGCGUUCAAGCAAUAAUUGUCGACAUUGCCAGGAACUUGUGUAUUGUUCAUCCGUCAGCUCGGCGGCGCUCGGAUCCCACAGAUGGCAAUGAGAACCUCUCGGAAGACAUUGAGCAGCUCUUCGAGCUUACGCGCAUCAUCGUUCUCGUUCUUGCAGGUAUCAUUCCAGGGCUCUCCGAGACGCCCGUAUCUGUCCAACUGGAAACGUCAGAAGAAGCGAGCACCAUUGUGCGAACUUCUCUACAAGCCUUGGUGGAUGUUUCUGAAGUGUUCCCGUCGAUCAUUAAAGCUGAUCUGCACGCAUCCAUUCUGCACAUCUUCAUCUCUAUUCUCGGCACGGGCUCCUGUCAAAGCAUCGUGGUUCCCCAAGCACUCCCAAUUUUCCGACGCUUCCUGUUAAGCAUGGUGGCUGACGAGCUUCCGGACACCAAGGACCAUAUCCAAAAUGCUCUCAAGCGCAUGCUGUUCAUACUCAAGCAUGCUCAAAGAAGAGAAACACCUGCGAGCCUGCCAUGCGAGAAGAAUACACUACUUGCCUGCGCAAUCUUGACUUCAGUCGCACAACCGCUCCUCGAUGCCGAUGAUGCCUCGGUCACGCAAUUCUUGAUCGAGCUGCGCGAGUCCCUUUCAACAGCAUCUGCAGCUAAAGUUGCUGCCGGCUGUCUCCGAACGCUGCUUUUGCAGGGCGUCGCUGCACGCCACACAUUCUCGAUAGCCAUAGAAUUCCUACAAAAUGAGCUUGACGUGGACGCAUUUUCUGAGAGCAAAAACAUGGUUGGUCAAACAUUGGUUUUAUAUACCUCGAAGCUGGCCGCGACGGAAAAGCCUGCUGCUGUGGGACUUUUGAUAUUUCUGUUCUUGCAGCGUGCGGACAGAGAGACUCCGGCGACGCACAUCGAGAUCGCUUCGCGCCUUCUCGAGCUUGCCGCUACUGACAAUGCUGCAUUUAGAGCAGUCGUUGCGCGUAUGACCGACGAGCAGAAAACGACGAUGGAGAAGGUGCUCAAAUCGCAGGCCCGAGUGCGUGCCGGACAGCACGAUGGCAGCAAUGAUCACGAGCCGACGAUCCAACUCAAAAUGGACUUUGGGCGAUGAUGAGAUGUGAUCGGCAAUGGACAAUCUUCACAUGACUUCAGUCCUGCUUACAUAGGUAUAUAUCAAAACGUUAUGCUUGAUGAACUCUGAAGCCGUCCAG